CCACGAUGAUCGUGUACGUGUUGUUAAUUACGCUGUGCGUUCUCAUUAUACGCUUUGUUGCGUUCCGUUACCACAUGUACCGCACCAUAGGGCGUAUUCCCGGACCGCCGGUUAACUUUCUCUUCGGGAACACACUGGAAUUGGUGAGGUACGAUACGCAAAUGUUUUUUGAAAAGUUAUUUGAGUAUUUUAACCGCUAUGGAACAAUCGUACGGCUCGAUAUGGUCAACAAGUGUUGGAUCAUAUUUUCUUCGGUGAAUGAUGUUGAGCGCAUCAUCUCUUCCAACGAGUUUAAUCGUAAAUCAACAGAUUAUGCCAUUCUGGAUGAAUGGUUGGGCAACGGCAUACUGCUCGACCAUGGUAACAGCUGGUUCACGAAUCGCCGCGCACUGACCGGUGCAUUUCACUUCAAGAUACUGGACAGUUACGUACCAGUGUUUGAGGAACAGGCGGAUGUGCUGGUACGCAAGCUGCUGGAACAUGGCGGGGCACCAGUGGAUGUGUUUUCCCUGGUCAAACUGUACACACUCGAUGUCAUCCUGGAAACUUCGAUGGGUGUCCGGUGCAGAGCUCAGCUGGAAGAUUCAGACUACGUUCGUGCCGUUUCGAACCUUUCCCGAAUCACCUUCUGGCGGAUGUAUAAUGUGAUGGGAUUCUCGGACUGGACCUUCCGAUUGACGAAGCACUACAAAACAUACCGCGAAUCGAUAUGUAUCAAUCGCGACUUUACCACAUCCGUCAUCAAGCAGCGCCGUGCUGAACUAGUUGCAAGGACUGCAUCCGCAUCUGAAGCUGAACCGAAACCCGAAAAGGGACGCCUCUCUCUGCUGGACAUACUGCUGCGCUCCGACAUUACUGGUCGGCAGUUUAGUGACGAAGAGGUCUACAGUCAAGUGAACAAUUUUAUGUUUGCGGGUCAUGAUACAACUUCUAGUGCGAUCACCUUCAUCCUGUACGCUUGCGCCAAAUAUCCCGAUGUGCAGCAGCGCGCGUACGAAGAGAUAUGUGCCGAAAUUUCAUCGGAACAAGCGAUCACACAGCAACACAUCAGCAACCUGAAGUAUCUCGAGCUCGUGAUCAAAGAGUCACUGCGAAUGUUUCCCCCAGUACCGUACUAUUCGCGACACAUUGAUCGUGAUACAACGGUCGGUGGCAUUCAGCUAGAGAAAGGAGCAACGAUCGUGUUCGGUGCGUACAUGAUGCAUCACAACCCGGAAUACUUCCCCAACCCGGACCAAUUCCGUCCCGAACGAUUUGAGGAUAGUGGUGAUACGAAACGGAACCCGUUCGUUUACAUCCCGUUCAGUGCUGGUAGUCGGAACUGUAUUGGACAAAAAUUUGCUUUAAACGAACUUAAAACGGCACUUGCGAAGAUAUUACGCCAAUGCAAGGUGGUUCUACCGGAUCCAGAUUUUGAGCCGAAAAUGAAGAUGGAACUGGUGCUAAAACCGGUGAACGGAAUGCCUCUCCGAUUUUUGGACCGGAAAAACAUAAGCAACUAGACGCUG